GCAAACAUUCAGCAUUGUUUUCUCUCGGCAGUCAGCACCACAUCCACAAGCGCGGGUUUUGGAAGUACUUGCAUUCCCACACCGGAUAAACCCUCUCUCUCUCUCUCUCUCUCUCUCUCUCUCAAGCCCAAAACCCCAGAGCUCAGCAGGAGAAGCUGGUUGCUAUAUGGCUUCAAUGUCGAUGGACAUAUCGACUGCUUUCAUUCGAGUGGUCAACAAUCAAGCCGCUCCACUCUGCAGGGUCCGGACCUCGCCCUUGCCCUUUCUACGCAGAUCCAGACCUCACGCCGCUCGGAGUUUCUGGAUCGUCGCUGUCCAGCCCAGGUUUCAGAUCCUCUCCUUUGACUUCUCCAAGUCGAAUCGAUUCCGUCACCGCUUCGCCGCCGCGGCCACGGCGCAGACUGAGAGCUCCGACGUUUUGACGAAGAUUCCACCCGAUGAUCGAGUUCCCGCCACCAUAAUCACUGGUUUUCUCGGUUCUGGGAAGACAACUUUAUUGAACCACAUAUUGACUGCGGAACAUGGGAAACGCAUUGCAGUGAUUGAGAAUGAGUAUGGUGAAGUAGAUAUUGAUGGUUCAUUAGUUGCUGCAAAAGCUGCUGGGGCUGAGGACAUAAUUAUGCUCAAUAAUGGAUGUCUGUGUUGCACAGUGAGAGGUGAUCUUGUGAGGAUGAUUUCUGAAUUAGUCAGUAGGAAGAAAGGGAAAUUUGAUCAUAUUGUAAUAGAGACUACAGGAUUGGCAAAUCCAGCGCCAAUCAUUCAGACAUUCUACGCAGAGGACGAGGUUUUUAAUGAAGUUAAGCUAGAUGGUGUAGUCACAUUGGUGGAUGCUAAACAUGCUGGUUUCCACUUGGAUGAUGUUAAACCAAAAGGUGUGGUCAAUGAAGCAGUAGAGCAAAUUGCUUAUGCUGACCGCAUUAUAGUAAACAAGACUGAUCUUGUUGGUGAGCCAGAAGUUGCUUCAUUAAUUCAACGGAUAAGGAAUAUAAAUCAUAUGGCUCAUAUGAAGCGGACCCAGUUUGGGAAAGUUGAUUUGGACUAUGUUCUUGGGAUUGGAGGCUUUGAUUUGGAGAGAAUUGAGAGUGCUGUUAACAGUGAAGGUUCUGAUCAUGAUAGUCAUGGCCACGAUCAUGACCACCACCACCACCACCACCAUGAUCAUGACCACAAACAUGAGCACCAUGAUGAUCACCAUUCCCAUGAUCAUACUCACGAUCCUGGUGUUUCUUCAGUGAGCAUAGUUUGUGAAGGAAGCUUAGACCUUGAGAAGGCUAACAUGUGGUUGGGUACGUUACUUUUAGAAAGGAGUGACGACAUAUAUAGGAUGAAAGGUCUCCUAUCUGUUGAGGGUAUGAAUGAGCGAUUUGUCUUCCAGGGGGUUCAUGACAUAUUCCAAGGUUCACCUGAUCGAUUGUGGCAUCCCGACGAACCAAGAAUAAACAAGAUUGUUUUCAUAGGAAAGAACUUGAAUGCACGGGAACUAGAGAAGGGUUUCAAGGCCUGUUUACUGUGAUAUAUAUACUAAUCAUACCAUCCAACAGUAAGUCUGAAUCUCAUGUGGUGAAAUGAGUUUUAUGCCCUUGAUUGGAUUUGGGAGUCCAGUUUUGUUGAUAAAUGCCGCAUGGUUUAUUGGCCUCGUGGAGAAAAAUUACCCAAAGAUAUGCAGUAUAGCAUUGCCUUUUUACUGUUAAUGUGCCAAUUCAAUGUCUAGUUUGUUCAACCAAUUCAAUGUCUAGUUUGUUCAACUGGAUACACAGAACAAUGUACAAUCCCAUGCAAAUGAAUUGUAUGUACCAUGUACUCUUUAAGGCUCACUUCUACAUUGAUUCAA